AUGUUGGCUAAGUUUGUUAAAGAAAGUUUUUGGGGUAGAGUUUUCUACCACUUAUCUAAUAAAAAGCUCUUCAGCUAUAUUGAAGAGGACCCUAAUUAUGUGAUUCCCGAUAAGUAUCUCGGCAAGGCCGAAAAGCAAUUGGACACUGAAAGUCCGACUACUAAGAAGGAAGAGCCCGAGGCUGAGGCUGAUGAUCUGGUUUCUUCCUCUAGUUCAGGUACAAUUGCUGAGGAUGAUCUUAUAAUUGUUGAUUGGGAAGGCGAAGACGAUCCCGAGAAUCCCCAAAACUGGCCGUUAGCUUACAAGUUGCUUUUCAUUUUCCAGAUCGGUAUCUUGACUGCCUUUGUCUACAUGGCUUCUGCCAUCUAUACUCCAGGUAUCGAAGAGAUUAUGGAAAAGUUUGAUAUUGGUCAGACUUUGGCCACAUUGCCAUUGACACUUUUCGUUUUUGGCUACGGAAUUGGACCCAUGGUGUUCUCUCCGUUGUCAGAAAAUGCUCGUUUCGGUAGAACUUCAAUUUACAUCAUUACGUUGUUCAUUUUCUUCAUCUUGCAGAUUCCUACUGCCUUGGUGAACGAUAUUGCGUCGUUGUGUGUCUUGAGAUUUAUUGCUGGAUUCUUUGCCAGUCCAUGUUUGGCUACCGGUGGCGCCAGUGUCGUUGAUGUGACUACCACACCAUACAUCCCAGUGUCAAUUAGUGCAUGGUCCAUCGCUGCCGUGUGUGCUCCAUCCAUGGGUCCAUUGUUUGGCGCCAUUGUCACUGUGAAGGGUAACUUCCACUGGACUUUUUGGUUUGUGUGUAUCACUUCCGGUGUAUCCUUCUUGUUUUUGAGUUGGUUCCUUCCAGAGUCUUACGGUAAGACCAUCUUGUACAGAAAGGCAGAGAGAUUGAGAGCUUUGACAGGGAAUGAAAAGAUUGUAAGCGAGGGACACAUUGAAAACAGCAAGUUGAGUCCACGUGAAAUGGCUAUUGACAUCUUGUGGAGACCUUUUGAAAUCAUUCUCUUUGAGCCAGUGGUGUUGCUCAUCAACGUCUACAUUGGACUUGUCUACUCCAUCAUGUACAUUUGGUUCGAAGCAUUCCCAAUUGUGUUUUUGGAAAUUCACCACUUUACCUUGAUCCAGAUGGGUGUUACUUACUGUGCUAUCAUGAUUGGAAUUUUGGCAGGAGGUCUUCUCUACAUUCCAUACAUCUUGAAGAGAUUUACUAGAAAGUUGCAAGGUGGCGAGAUGGUGGAGCCUGAGGUUUUCUUGCCCAUGGCCAUUGUUGGUGCAAUCUUGAUGCCUAUUGGUGUCACCAUCUUUUCAUGGACGAGUACCCCUCACAUCCAUUGGAUUGCACCUUUGAUUGGUGCCGCCAUCUACGCAAGCGGAGCCUUUAUGGUUUUCCAGACAUUGUUCAAUUACUUGAGUAUGUCGUUUUUCAGAUACGUUGCAUCUGUUUUUGCUGGAAAUGACUUGUUCAGAAGUCUUAUGGCCGGUGCUUUCCCACUUUUCGGCAGAGCCUUGUUCUUGAAUUUGAGUACUAAGAAGUUCCCAAUUGGCUGGGGUUCCCAGAUCUUGGGCUUCUUGUCGCUUCUCAUGCUUGCCAUCCCAAUUUUGUUCUACUUGAAUGGGCCCAAGUUGAGAGCUAGAUCGAAGUAUGCUGGUUUUUGA